AGAAAAAACGGGGAAGAGCAUAAAAAUGUGUGCAUCAAAAAAAAAAAAAAAGAAUUCAAGUUAUAAAUAUCCAAGCUUUUCAAAAUUUUAAACAGAGACAUUUUGGGCUUUUUUACAAAAAAUAAUAUUAGCUUUAAAAAAAAAAAAAGCUUCUUCUUGCCUCAGAUUGAUAGCAAGAGAGUUUGAUUAUGGAUUCAUAUUCACUGAAAUCCGUGUUCGAUUUACCAGAGCCUUUCCGUUCAAUCUUUAACUUCAGGUACUUUAAUUCACUGCAGAGUGAAUGCUUUCCUGUUUGUUUCCUCUCCGAUGUAAACAUGGUAAUUUCAGCUCCUACCGGAAGUGGGAAAACCGUGCUCUUUGAGCUCUGCAUUUUGAGGCUUCUUUCAAGGUUUAUCUCUGGCGAUGGAAGGUUUGUCCAUAUAAAGGGAACACUAAAAACAAUCUACAUAGCUCCAUCAAAAGCUUUAGUACAAGAGAAGCUGCGUGAUUGGACUCAGAAGUUUGGUUCAUUGGGAAUAAGUUGCCUGGAGUUGACAGGUGAUAACGAUUCUUAUAGCACAAGGAAUAUUCAAGAAGCAGAUAUCAUUUUAACCACUCCUGAGAAAUUUGAUGCAGUGACUCGAUAUCGCAUAAAAGAUGGAGGCUUGAGCUUUUUCAGUGACAUAUCACUUUUACUUAUUGAUGAAGUUCACCUACUGAAUGAUCUUCGUGGGGCAACUUUGGAAGCAAUAGUUAGCAGAAUAAAAAUGCUUGCUCGCAACCCAGAAAUGAAAUCAAGUGCUCUGGCUUCUGUUCGUUUUUUAGCUGUGUCAGCCACUAUUCCAAAUACUGAGGACCUUGCUGAAUGGCUCGAGGUCCCUGUCCAAGGAAUCAAGAGGUUUGGAGAGGAAAUGAGGCCUGUAAAGUUGACCACUAAAGUUUUUGUAAAUGCCUUCCUUGCAGGGUAUGCCUCUGCAAAAAAUGACUUCCUAUUUGAAAAGCGCCUCCAAAACUAUAUUUUUGAUAUUCUAAUGCAAUAUUCAAGAGGAAAAUCCGCUCUAGUUUUUUGCUCAACUAGAAGCGGGGCACAAGAAGCAGCACAACGCCUCUCUCAGAUUGUAAUGACCUUUGGUUAUUCAAAUCCAUUUAUUAAAAGUAGUGAACAGCAGGAAAGGCUACGGGAGGCUUCCCUGUCAUGCAGUGACAAACAAAUGCAAUCUUAUAUUCUUUAUGGAGUUGGUUAUCAUAAUGGUGGGCUUAGUCUCAAGGAUCGUAAUCUCAUUGAAGGUCUUUUUCUUAAUGGUGAUGUACAAGUUUUAUGCACCACAAAUACUCUUGCCCAUGGAAUCAACCUACCAGCUCAUACAGUUGUAAUAAAGUCAACACAACAUUUCAACAAAGAAAAAGGCCUUUACAUGGAAUAUGACCGAUCAAUGAUACUACAGAUGUGCGGGAGGGCAGGUCGGCCCCCAUUUGAAGAUACAGGGAUGGUUAUAAUCAUGACUAGACGAGAAACGGUUCAUUUAUAUGAGAAUCUCCUCAAUGGAUGUGAAAUGGUAGAAUCACAGUUGCUCUCAUGCUUGACGGAACACUUAACUGCAGAAAUAGUUCAAUUGACCAUCUCUGACAUCACAAAGGCAAUUGAGUGGAUGAAGUGCUCAUAUUUAUAUGUGAGAAUGAAAAAGAAUCCUGGGAAUUAUGCAGUUAAAAAAGGAAUUCGAAGAGAACAAGUAGAGAAACAUAUGCAAGAAAUUUGUGUUCAAAAUGUUAAUGAGCUAUCAUGCCACCAAAUGAUCCAGACUGAUCAAGAUGGUUUUGCCUUGAAGCCACAAGAGCCAGGAAGAUUGAUGACAAAGUACUAUUUGAAAUUUAACACCAUGAAACACAUUAUGCAAGCACCAUCUAACUGUAGUUUGGAAGAAGUACUACAGAUUAUCUGCCAUGCUGAGGAGAUUGCUUGGAUACAGCUCAGACGCAAUGAGAAGAAAAUUUUGAAUGACUUAAAUGGAGACAAAGAUGGCCGCCUCCGUUUUCAUGUCACCGGUGAUAAGGGAAAACGGAAAAAACGCAUUCAAACUAGAGAAGAAAAGAUAUUUGUUUUGGCAAAUGACUGCUUAACCGGGGAUCCUUUAGUUCCUGAUUUAUCCAUGACCCAGGAUGCAAAUUCGAUAUGCUCAAAUGGGGCUAGAAUUGCCAAGUGUAUGAAAGAAUAUUUUAUAUACAAAAAGAACUAUAGAGGAGCCCUGAACUCGUCCCUUUUAGCCAAGUCGUUAUAUCAGAAACUCUGGGAUGACAGUCCAUACCUGCUGAAACAAUUACCUGGCAUUGGCAUGGUGACAGCAAAGGCACUGCAUUCAAUGGGAAUUAAAUCAUUUGAGACAUUAGCUGAAGCGGAUCCAAGGAGGAUAGAAUUAGUUACUGGUAGAAAGUUUCCUUUUGGAAAUCAUAUCAAGGAGUCUCUCACGUCAUUGCCUCCAAAAGUUGACAUUAAGAUCGAGGUAAGUGAAUGCCAGAGGCAAGGGAAGUCUAAGUUAGCAGUAACAUUGACUAGGCUAUCAUCACAAGGGGUCCAAUCAACCAAGCGACACUAUGCUGACAUGAUCGUUGCUUCAGAAGAAGAUAACCUAAUUCUUUUCCAUGAGAAGAUAAGAGUGGAUGAGUUUUUAAGCCCCUACAGCACGACAACCCUCGUGUCAAACCCCCUCGGAAAGAUGACCAUAAAGGCUGAUCUUGUUUUUGAAGAAUACAUUGGAGUUGAUCUCCAUGAAAAACUUCUGCUGGUUAAGGAGAGCAAUUCAAAUGCCAAUCUUAAACGUGCAAGGAAACCAACUCAGUUUUUUGCUCCUGAGGAAGUUUAUGUUAUAGAAGAUGACAAAGCAGCCACACAUAAAUCUUUUGCCCAAAGACCUCCCGAUUCGAUUGGAUCUAAAAGGGAAAGUUCUUCAAUGCCCAGUUUCAACCUCUUGGAUGAAGAACUAGAAGGAGAGUUUGCUGCUGGAAUUGAAAAUGAUGAUUGUAAAAUCAUCACUGAGCAAUCAAUAUUUGACCAUAUACGAGAAAAAGCCAAGAACUUUCCUCUCUUGACUCCAAACAAUGCCUAUUCCCCAUCAUCUGGAGGCUUAAUUCUCACAAGAAAACGCUCCUCUGACCAAGAGAAAAGCAAAAUUCGUCAACAUAUAUUGCUUGAUCCUUUACCUGAAUCCACAGGGCACGAACAGGUUGCUAAUGAUCACAAUAACUAUCUAACUGGAAAGCAUCAUGUUAUUGCUGGGAGCUCAGUUACAAUUAAUAUCACGGAUGAAUCAGGUUAUCUUCCAUCUGAACCUGAAGCGUUCUCGUUCAAAAGUCUGACUGAAGAAGCAAUAUUUGAUCACAUACGAAAAAAGUCCAAGCAUUUUCCGGUAAUCAACACGCCAAAGCCCGUUGAUACCGACUGUUGCAUUUGUACUGAGGAACACAACUCUGCCAAUCAGCCAGAAUCUGGCAAUGCUACAUUAGGAACAUCAAAAUAUGCAAUGGUCAUUUCAGAACCUGAACCUGGCGAAGUCAACAGAGACGCCUGUGGCACCAAGGUCGGCACAAAGACAAAAAACAAUGUACUCCAAGGAAGUUCCGGUGGAGCAAAUGGAGAAUCGGCCGUUUCUCCCAAAGUUUCAAGCACUAAAACUGCCACAUCAUCCGUUCAAAUGCUAUCAUUUGAUAUUUCAAUGGCGAAGAACAGCAAGCAUCUAGCAGAUCUUGGAAGCUCUAUCCAGGAUGGUCGGAAAGACAAGCCAUCUCCAAGUGACUCAAAAAGGCAGAGCCGCUCACUGGCCUCUACAGACCAAGCCAGGGAAGUAGGUUCAUUUCUUGGCUUUCAGAGUGUUUUUUCAUUUCUCUGAUUUCUUUUCACCUUUCUGCACUACAAAAUUGGCAGUUACGUUUUUCUAGUUUGUCAAUUUAGCAAUGAAAUACUUCAAUUUCAUCGGAAAAAUUGAAGUAUUUCAUUGCUCUUUCGAUCUUCAUUUUCUUUAAUAGGGCUGAAAACUGAUAGAUGAAACUUGGCUGAAUCCUGGUAAUCGCGUUUUGGUCGUGUUAAUAUAGUCAAGAGCAAGCUAAAGUUUAGUAUUUUUAGAAAAAAAAAAGUAAUUAAAAAACUGAGUUUGUCUUUAUAUACAUUGACUCUUGCUUCGAAAAAUUUGUAAUGUAAAUUUUCAGUGCUAAAUUUGAAGACAGUAAUGGGAGGCAAAAAGGGUCACUUGGCAGAUUA